AUGGGCCAAUCCGAUUCCAAGCUCUCGCAAUAUCGAGACCAUAUAUUUCGGCUCGCAGAUUCUUUUCCAACCCCUUUGUAUUCACCGUCGGUGAGUGCUCAGGAAAUUAUCCACUAUUAUAAUGACCCAAACUCAUGGGUCCGGAAAGACUUCACAGACCCCUUUUCAUCCAAUUUCGAUGCAUUCGUCGUUCUAGAUGCAGAGGCCCGCGAUAUCUAUUCCGUAGUAUCGUCACAAGAGCUUAGGUUCAUUUGUCGCUCAAACGCAACCAACUUUACGAACUUUGUUCGAUUUAUUGCGUUCAAGAUACAUGUUCUAUCCUGCCUGCUUCAAAAUUGCGAUACGGUGGCUUUGUUUCGGUCGCGCGAAUGCCAGUUAUUGACUUGUAUCCGUAUACUAACCAAGAUCAUGCCUGUCUUUUUUGAAAUGGACCAUGACCAGGCACUUGAAGAUUCGGUAUACUGGAACCAAAACAGCUCACAGGUUUUGCAGUGCGACGAAAGGACAUCCGCCGGAGUCACUAAACUGAACGUUAACCACGUCUUGACAGAGGCGCAAGAUUUGGUGCCCCUCGGAGUCUUACUUUUACAAGCGUGUGUAAAGUUGUUGUUCAUAAAAGGUUUCACCGCGCCCUUAACGAAACCGGGCAUUCAAGAUCUGGGCAAAGCAUCGUUCCUACUAUGGGAAAAUGGUAUCAACACAUCCGAGACCACUUACACACCGCCAAAUCCUCGAAUGGACUCUAAAAGACUCGAAGUUCUGCGAUUGCUGGUUACGCUGUCAUCUAAACAACUUUACUCACAACAUAUGCCCAAGUUUCUUGCUGUUUUAACCACGUCUAUACCUGAGUUUCACAGUAUUUGUCUCACUUCAUCGAUGGUCAACCUUGUGUGCCGUUCUUGCCGCGGUAAUGAGGACGAUAAUGGACUACAAUAUCCAUCAAACUCAUAUCACUCUUCAUCAAAGAGUGCCCAUAUGAGGUCCCUGAGGAAAGCGCUAGUCGCAAAUGCAGUCCACUUACUCAAUCUUUCAUUAAUUUGUCCCAUUGAGGGCAAACAAAAGACGGAAAUACAGGAUUUCUUGUACAGCUUGAAUUUGUACUCGACGAACUUCAAGAUUAAUAACUUGGUUUCUUCUUAUUUGAGUACAUUGAUAAGAGAGUUCGAUCUCAGAUUUGUCCUGAUAAAUUUGGUAACGCUUUUGAAAAGGCCAAUGGAGCAAGCUAUUGCUAUCGAGUCCAAUCCCUUCUCCCUUUUGAGUAAUUCUGCUGGCGGAAUGAACAAUGCAAAAAGGUCCACGCAGGCUAGGUCAACAACAAUAAAAAGCUCUUCCAAUACAGGCACUUUACCCCGUUUGCCAAGAUCGACUUUACAGAUUAUUGUACUGCUUUGGGAGCUUAUGAAAUGUAACAGAGCUUUUGAAAAUUAUGUGGCAGACAAAUACGCUAACAAGUUGAUACUCAUUUGCAUCUAUUAUGUUAAAAACUAUUCAGAGUCUCCAGAGUGCCAUAUGACAUUAAUACCAGUGGCUUGCGGAUUUGCCACUUAUUUGUCGUCCAAAAAACUAGUAUUAUCAAAAAUGCAAUAUUGUUUUAAUGCCAACUACUACGCCAACAAGAUUCCUAAUUCUUUUAAAAUAUCUGUUGGCGAUGUUGAUCGCCUCACCUACAGAGAUUUUGCCAUAAUACAGCUUUCUAGCAUGGCCACCAUCCAAGUUAAAGAGAAUAUUGUUUUAAAUCCAACCUUGAUAGAGAUUAUUUUCAAUUUGCUUUCCAUACCUCAGGAUUCGCGAGAAGAGGAUCUAGUUCAGCUUUCAUCUGACAAGUCCAACAAGGUAACAGGGAUCAGCUACACUGCGUCUGUUGCAGUGCUACGGUUAAUUGCCAAGAUGACAUCGGAGGAGUACUUGACAAGCUUUGCGGACGAAUCAAUAACUAAAGAUAGUCCUGAAACCUCACAGGAAGCGUUAGAGCCUUCGAAAAAGUCAGAAAAGACUAAAAGGUCAUAUAUCUUUUCGCCUGGGUUUAAGUUGGACAUGUUGGCCUUGCUUUUGCAAGCUUUCAACAAUUGUAUUUUCAGCAACUACAAGGGUUGUAAACACAUGUUGUUCGUCUUCUGUAGGCAUGAAAAUGUCAUAAAUCAUCUUAUUACGACAUUGGCAGACAUUUCUCAAAAAAUCAGUUAUGAUUACGAUUCAAGUGAACGAGGAAACAUAAAAAAGCCAAAGACGUUACAUGCUGACGAUUAUUUUGAUGACUGUAUGCCUUCUGAUAUUCGAUAUAAUUGGCAACAUGAAGGAGUAAAUGCAGGCAGCAACGAAGAUUUGGAUUUGGUUGAAAAGAUUCAGUUACAAUCAUUGAUGUUUUUUGAACCCGAGCGCCGGAAAACCGAACAAGUCGAAUCUAUAGCCGAGCUAAUUGCCCGAGGAUCUCCUAAUAAGACUAUCGAAUUGUUUGAGUAUGCGGACAAUGAUCACGAUCCUAUCUUAGAGUCAACAGAAGUUAUGCUGGCUCUUCGACCCGAGAGGCCCGUCGGACUUACGUUCAGAAAAAAACUGAAACUUAGAAAAGAAGUGAAGCUUGACGUCAGUUGGCUUGGGGCUGAGCCACUCACUCUCGUCAUGAAAAUUAUUCAAAUUGUGAAUCAUCAAUUUCCAGCGAUACCCAACGUCAAUGGCGCAAACUACCUGCCUUUGCUUCGAGACAUCAUCAAGUUUGAAAGUACAUUGAAAAAGCAAAUUUCUAGCUCGAUGCCUCAUCAAUCGCAAAUACUUGGUCAUAAAAACAGCCCUCUUUCUGUGAAUUGGGAUUCACGGGAAGUGGCCGCUCAUUGGUACUUGUCCGUUGUGUGGAGUGAUAUUUUCAACUUUAACAGCGUUCCAUUUAUUAGUACCUACGCCAAGGAAAACUCCCAACAAGAAACUGGCCAGCAAGCAAACCAUCAAUCUCUAUCACAGCCACAGACACCAAAGUUAGAGAGGUGGAAUUCGCAGGGCUCAUCAUUGUCGAGAACAAACAGUAAUAGCAGUUCAAUCACAACCUUCUUUUUACACCAAGAGCCGGAUUCGGCCCCAAACAGUGCUCCGAACAGCCCAAGCGUCGGAUCGGGCUUUCCUGCUUGGGCCAAUAACAAGCAUCAUCACUCGGGAAGCCAAUCUAGCGACCGUUCUUCGUUAUUUCGAUUUUCUUGGACGGGAUUUCAAAAGCCUCAACAAGAGAAGAUUGACGAAGAAGCUGAGGCUGUGGUCAAUGGCAAUCCUCCUUCUCAAAGCGGAUCUUUCGUGCUCGAUCCAGGGCUUUUAAAGCCGAAUGCAUGGGUCGGUACGCUAAUCACCCUCUUUGACGUGAAAGUGGAUGAAAGAGAGAACUAUAGUUUAGUAGACAUGACCUCAAACUUUUUGAGAAAGCUAAGAUUCGGCAGCAACACAAACCUCAAUGCUCCGGAGGGGAUAAUGGUGACUGCGGGCACCUUGACGCCGGCAACUUCCCGUCCUUGGACACCCCGUGGCUCAUUUGCUGGUAGCGGACCGAUUCCAAGCUCCAGAUCUACGAAGUAG